UUGACAUAACCUUAUAAUGAACAGGUGAAACAGCAGGUGUUAAAAUUAACGGAAAUUUGUUAGUUUUCGUUAAUUAGGGUCUUAAAUUAUUCAAAGAAGAAUGUCGAUGUUAGCAGAACGAAAACGAAAACAGAAAUGGUCUUUAAAUCCCCGUGGAAAUGCUUGGGCACAGGAUACCAACAAAUUUGGACAGAAACUAUUAGAAAGUAUGGGUUGGAAGGAGGGCAAAGGCCUGGGUGCCAGAGAGGACGGUCUGAAAGAGCACAUCAAAGUUUCUUACAAAAAUGAUAGUAAAGGUUUUGGCUUUAAAGACAAGGAUGUCUGGACUGAGCACGAAGAUAAUUUUUCUGCCCUUUUACAAGAUUUAUCAAACAGUGAAGUUGCAGUUAAAAUAAAAACAAAUACUGAUGAUUAUAAGCCAAAAUCUUUGGAAGAAAAGUCUCUAACAUCAAGGGUGCGGGUUCACUACCACAAAUUCACUAGAGGGAAGGACUUGAGUAGAUACUCAGAAAAAGAUCUAGCAAAUGUUUUUGGAAAAAGGAGUCUUAAAGAUAAGAAGGUACGAGAAGAUGAGAAUUCGAAUAAGGCAGAAACUGAUAGUAAAACUGGGAACCAUGGAGUUAUAACAGUUGAAGGGGGCUCUAUGAUUGAUUAUUUUAAAUCUAAAAUGUCAACAUUUUACAGAAAUUCACCUGAAGUAAAAGACGAUGAUUUGGAUGAAACAGUGAGACCAGGUUUUGGGUUUAGUUGCAGUUUUAAUGAUUGUACCAACCUCAAUACAGAAAAUAAUGGGAAGACUGAAAAUUGUUCUUUUUCAUUUGAAAGUGAAAAUGAAUCGUUACAGAAUCUAGAAGAAAUUUCAGGAGAAAAGAAGGAAAAGGACACAGGAAAGAAAAAAUCAAAGAAAAGAAAAUUGUCAGAUAAUUCUGAGGAGAAAACUCCAAAAAAGAAGAAACAUAGAAUAGUAGCUGGUGGUUUAGAAACUGAAGAUACAUCCAGUAGUGCAAAAAAGAAAAAACAUAAAGACAAAACUGAAAUAGGAGAUAAUUUUGGAGUAUCUAAUCCUGCUUUUGAUCCUUUAUUUACUAAAGAAAUCCCUAUUAAAAAGCACUCUUUAAAUACCAUAAAGGAAGAUGAAGAAGUUGAAGAAAGCCUAUCAAAUUCACACAGUGAAGAUGAAGAUGAAACUAGGAAAAAGAAAAGGAAAUUGGAGAAUUCUUUAGAAAUUGAAGAAUGCAAACGUCCUAAAAAGAAAAACCAAAAAUGGAAAGAAGAGGACAUAAUCUUUGAAAAUCCAAAUUUUAAGAUGCCAACUAAUUCUGAAGAAUUGGCAGAGAACAAAAAUAAUAAUAUUUAUGAAAUAAAAACUAAAAAGAAAAAGAACAAAAAGAAGAAAAACCAUGGUAUCGAAAAUCCAGUUUUUAACAGUUGUUUGCAGGAAACAGAAGUUAAAAAUAAAGAGAAUUACUCCAAUGGUAUAGAAAAUCCAAUUUUUGAAGACAAUGUUUCCCCAACAAAUUCAAAAAGAGAGAGAGAGAGAACUCAAAAAUAUCAAAUAAACCAAGAAAAAAACGAUUUGUUUGAAAUAAAUUCGAAAGUACUAGAAGAAAGUCAGAAAAACGACGAUUUAAUAGACGAGACGUUUCAAAAAGAAUUAGCAAAUAAAAUCGAAAACGGUUUCGAAAAUCCAGUCUUUGAGUCCCUAAACAAUUCCAGGGAGUCUGCAGAAGCUGUUGAUAACAACAUUUAUGAAGUCAAAAAUAAAAAGAAGAAGAAAAAGGGUAAAAAAGAGAAUGGCAUUGAGAACCCAACAUUCGAAGAAAAUUCUCAAUCAGUUGAAAACGAUUUUGAGAUUGCAAAAAAGAAAACCAAAACAUCAGAAAGUUUAGUUUCAGAAGAGAACAUAACGACUUCGACAACUUCAUCAGAGUGUAUUUUAAAUGUCAGCGAUGAACCUGACAUAAUGUUGAACGUCUCUAUUGGGCCCCCAGAAUAUUUAAAGCAAAUGGAAAGUAAUAAUUCCAGGGACAAUAGCAUUAAAAGUGUCCGAAAAAACCGUAAAAGUGUUCGAUUUAGCGACAUAAACGAUCAGAGGGAAAUCCCUAAUCGUUUAGAAGAAAUGAAUGGCUUAGUAAAUGAAGGAUUCGAUUAUCAAAAAGAUAAAAUCGAAAACGAAAUGCAAAAAAUAUCAGAGAAAUUCGACAGUUUCAAAGCUAAAAUAGAAAAUAAUAUUAACGAAUCGAAAGAUUUCAAUAUAUGGACCAUUGGAGAGCCGGUUACUGAAGGUGACAACGAAAAACUAGAACAUGGGACGAAACUGAGGCUUAAACAUGCCGAAUUUGCUAGUAGAACAGCGUAUUAUUUAAGAAGGAAUAAUUCAGAAAGUUUUGCUAAAAGGUCCUACAAACACCUUAUCAAAGGUGAUAUCGUUCUUCAUUUUAAGAAUACCAAUUUACACGAGAUACAUGGAUAUGGGAAACAACAUAAAAAAGACAUUUAAAUGUUGUCUUAUUAAGAAGAAAAGUGUAAAUAAUAAUUUUAAAUACAUAUUGGCACUAAGUAUGUUGGGUUGGUUAGGCCACCCAACAUACACCGUCAAUAUUUUUCUUUGCAGUUAUGUAAUUAAUUUUUGACG